CGGGAUUCAUGGUGGGAGCGUUUCCCUUCAUCAAUGUGCAUUGAUGUAGCAGAAAGCGUGGAGGAGAUAAGAACCCUUAUCUCGGCGCCUGGAACCUCUGCUCAGGAUUUCAUUGAGGACACGCGGCAAUUAAAGGGAUUUCGAUUCUUACCUAAAUCGGGAAUUACACAUCCAAACUGGGAUCUAUGAGCGGAAAAGUGGCGAAGCCUAAAGAAGACAAGGAUGCUUCCAAGGUCCAGGAUGACGCUGCCCCAGGUACCCAGGAGUACAUUAUGUUACGGCAGGACUCCAUCCACUCUGCGGAUAUAAGGAGUAAAGGGUCCCCCUUUCGUGCUAAGUGUCACGAAAUCUUCUGCUGCCCGCUGAAGCAAGCCAUCCACAGAGACAGCACAGAGCCCGAAGAGCCCCAGCUGAAGGGGAUUGUGACGAAGCUGUACAGUCGACAAGGUUUCCAUUUGCAGCUGCAGGCAGAUGGAACCAUUGAUGGAACGAAGGAGGAAGACAAUGGUUACACCACGUUCAACCUUAUUCCAGUGGGGCUGCGAGUGGUGGCCAUCCAGGGGAUACAGACCAAACUCUAUCUGGCUAUGAACAGUGAGGGCUUCUUGUACACAUCAGAACACUUUACGCCAGAGUGCAAAUUCAAGGAGUCGGUGUUCGAGAACUAUUAUGUGACAUACUCCUCCAUGAUAUACCGGCAGCAGCAGUCGGGCAGGGGCUGGUACCUCGGUCUGAACAAGGAGGGAGAAAUCAUGAAGGGGAACCAUGUCAAGAAAAACAAGCCAGCAGCUCACUUCCUUCCCAAACCUCUAAAGGUGGCAAUGUACAGAGAACCAUCCCUCCAUGACUUGACAGAGUUCUCCCGCUCUGGCAGUGGCACGCCCACUAAGAGUCGGAGCGCCUCGGCCGUACUCAACGGGGGCAAAGCCGUGAGCCAGCACGAGUCCACGUAG